ACUUCGGUGCCUAAAAAGGAGCAAAAAAACAGAAAGAUAGAGAGAGGGGAACUGAUUCUGCAACUUUGUCUUACUUCAAUGGGGAAUGGAGACAAGGAGAAAGACUUGGAUGUUGAUCUCUCACUCAAAAUUGAUGCAAAAGAAGAAAAACAAGAAGAAGGUGUAGGCGGCGAGGAAGAAAAAGAAGAAGAAGAUGCUCAUCGCGUCAACGAUGGCGUUGAAUCAACAGCAGCAGAAGAAAAGGAGGAUGAGCAACAACCAGGAGUACAGAAUAAGAGGCGAAAAACAACGGAAACCGGGGCCGGGGAAGUGGAAGACGAUGAUGUCUCAGUAGUCGAAACAUCGGUGCAGGAGAAUAAUAUGAAGACGGAUCAAGAGGUACAGUUAAGCGUUUUACAAAUGGAGAUGAGCCGUAUGAAAGAAGAAAACGAGGUUUUGAGGAAGGUCGUAGAGCAAACCAUGAAAGAUUAUAAUGAUCUUCAAAUGAAAUUUACGGUUCUCCAUCAAAGUUGCCAAAACAAGGAUCCUCAAACCUUUCUAUCACUUGCUGGUAACGAUCCCAACGCAGUUCAAGGACCCAGGAAGAUUACCAAGAUGUCAGAUAUUCGCCAUAGAUCUCCACUGUUACCAAAACGUGAUGAUGAGAGUCAACUAGGGUUGUCACUGAGGCUAACCAGCUCUGCUACUACUGCCAGUCAAUUAAGGGGAAGAGAAGAAGGAGAAGAAGACGAUGAUGACAAAGAAGAGAUCAAUAACAAGGAAGGAUUGACGAGGACUACUAGUCUUACAUCAUCGUCAGUGCAACUGCAAAACAAGUUACAGCGGCCGGAAUUGGCCGGAACUCCAAGCCACGGUGGCUCCCAACCCAAUCGAAAAGCUAGGGUUUCGGUUAGAUCAAGAUGUGAAUCGGCCGCGAUAAAUGAUGGGUGCAGUUGGAGGAAAUAUGGGCAGAAAAUCUCAAAAGGAAACCCUUGCCCACGAGCCUAUUAUCGUUGCACAGUAGUCGCGGGAUGCCCAGUCAGAAAACAGGUCCAAAGAUGCCAAGAGGACAUGUCCAUACUUAUAACAACUUAUGAAGGAACACACAACCAUCCUCUUCCAGUUGGUGCGACGGCCAUGGGUGCAACAGCCAUGGCUUCAACAGCUGCUGCUGCAGCUUCCUUUAUGUUACUAGAUUCAAGUAACCUUCAUUUAGCAGAUGGCACACCCUCUACUUACACCCAAGCAUCCCUCCCUUACCAUCAUAUGAUGAACAUGAACCCUUCAUCUCAUUCCUCGUCAAACUUGCGAAGCGUCGAUCCUCAUGACCCUUCCAAAGGACUUGUUCUUGACCUCACGAACAACUUCUAUGACACCAUGGGUGGCAGCUCCUCAUCUAUACCACCAGGUUUUAGUACUAAUUGGUUGAUGAGCAGCACUAGCAGCAGAUCUGCAAAUUACCCUAGCAGUACUAGUCUCACCAACCGUCUUUUGGAUAACGGCAGUAGAUCAACCAGAGUGGCGCUAGGGGACGAUCAGAAAGGUAAUUGGAGAUCAGGGGAAGAAAAUAUGUCCAUGGCUGAAAAUGUAAGUGCCAUUGCUUCAGAUCCCAAAUUUAGAGUUGCUGUUGCAGCUGCUAUCACAUCCCUUAUUAACAAAGAUAACCAUACAACAACUAGUCAUCCUGCGCCGAAUGCUAUUGCCCCAAGAGAUCAUGGAGACAACAACGGUAGUUCAUCUACUAGCAACCUUUGGGCUAUUGAUGAACAUUUUCUCUCAUCCAACGGUAAGCUCAUUCGCAAAAACACCUCAGAAUAAUCCUCUUCUUAAUAUUUUUCCUUUUUUUUUUGUUCUUUUAUAUUGUAUGUAAUAUUCUUAAUUAAUAAUCCAUUUGUGCAA